UUGAGAUCAACUUCAAAUAUUCAAUAAGAAUGGCUAAGGUUUUAAACUCAAUUCUUUGCUUCUUUCUUAUUCUCUCAGUUGCAAUGACAAGUACACAAGUGAAAGCCCAGCAAAGAUGUUCUGAGACAUUGAAGGCCUCAGAUUGCACCAUAGCUGAGUGUCAAAGUGAAUGCUUACAAAAACAUAAUGGAACUGGAGUUUGUACUGGUGGCAAUGUAGGCCCAUUAAGUUGUGUUUGUGUUUACAAUUGCUAGCUUCAAUAUUUUGAACUCUCC